GCUCUGCAUAGACUAACAAUGUAUAGGACUUUAGCUUUGUGUCUGUGCUUGUGUGUAGCACUUUUAGUGAGUGAGGGGAAACAAGAGAAGAGGAGAGGAGAGAGACACAGAAGCUCCAGACGAUUUUUAUCUGCUGUGGCAGACGCACCUGAGUAUGACAAUCCCUUCCUUCCAGGUUUCAGCAGUCAGUGCUUGGUGAAUGGGAUCUCUCUGUUUGAUGGGGCUCUCUGGUCUCCAGAGCCGUGCAGCGUGUGCCAAUGUAAAGAUGGAGCGACAGACUGCCGAACUAUUCCCUGCCAAGCCAAAGGUUCUCCCACCCAGAGGUCUGUGGCCAACAAGCCCAAUCCAAUGACUGCAGAGAAAACAGGUUUGAAAAAGAGCCAACACAAACUGACAGGAAAUGGAAAACCACCUGUCAGGAAAGAGGUUCUGCAACUUAAGCCAAAGAAGAACAAGUUGGUGGUCACCCCAGCGAAAGAACCAUUCCCAAAUGUCCCCAAGAAGCAAGCCUCUCCUCUGAAAAAAACCCAGGAAGCAGUUGUGCGUCUCAGUCCUGGAAAACUGCCCAAGACCCCAGUAACACCCCCAGAAAAAACAUUUAUGAGUCAAAGCUAUUUCGAUCAUGACAACCAUGAUGAUGACGACUAUCUAGAGAAUGACAGUGAUGGCGAUGAUGAUGACGAUGACAGCAGCCACAUUUCAGUGUUUAGAUCGGCUGUUCGUCCUGCUGUGAUCGAAAGACGUCUCAUGCUACCGACACACCAUCCAGCAAUACCAGAAGUUCAACAGCCCUUAGCUCCACCCACUAAAAAAAGCGUGAUCCUCCCCACCGGAAGGCCACUUCCAGCCCCCAACAGUUUUUGGCGUCCAGUUUUACGCAGCUCUACCCAUAUGGAGUCACUCCCAGCUGGCUGCCUGCUAUCAGAGUCUCUUAUUGCAUGUGGAAGCACUGGCCUCACCCAAAUGCCCAUCAUCAGAGAUCCAGGGGUUAGGAGUCUCUUUCUAGCAGAUAACAAAAUCAGCAAGAUCCCAGCACAUGCUCUAGCAGGUCUUCCCAACCUGGAUUGGCUCGACCUCAGCAAGAACAAGCUAGAUGACUCCUCUUUGGGAAUGGAUGUAUUGAGGAACUUGACGAAGCUCAGAAGGUUGAACCUUGAUGGAAACAACUUCACUAAAGUGCCGGCUCUCCCCGCUUCUCUGGUGGAGCUCAAGAUGAACGAUAAUAAACUCAGUGGUCUCACUCCCCACAGUUUUAAAGGUCUCUCCCAACUGCUGACACUUGAGUUAGAGGACAAUUAUUUUCAUGAUGGAAAUGUCUCGCCUUUGACCUUUAGAUCUUUAAGGAGGCUUGUUUACCUCAGACUAGAUGACAAUAAAUUUAGAGCUAUUCCAUCCGGCCUGCCUGUUUCAAUACAGGAGCUCCACCUGUCUGACAACAAGAUUGAGGUCGUACACUCAGGCAUCCUCAACAAGACCAUUAACCUCAGAGUUCUGAAUCUCAGCCAAAACCGGAUCCGAGAAGACCGCAUUGAUCCCCGGGCAUGGAUACACUUACUAAAAUUGGAGUUUUUAGACCUCUCUCACAAUAAGAUGGUUCACGUGCCCUCUUUCUUGCCGUCUGGCCUGCGGCAGCUCACCCUGCAUCACAACCAAAUCGAGCGCAUCCCUGGAUACGUGUUCGGCCAUCUGCGGCCUGGCUUGGAUUCCCUGCAUCUGUCUUAUAACCGGCUGCGUGAAGACGGAAUAAAUGAGGUGUCGUUCCUGGGCCUGUACAAUUCACUGACUGAACUUCUGUUGGACCAUAACCAGCUCAGAUCUAUUCCUCGAGGCAUUCUACAGUUGAAGGGACUUCAACAUCUUAGACUCAACCACAACUACAUCAGCUACGUCACCAUGAACUCGCUGUGUGAUAAUACGGCCCGCGAAGAUUCCCCUCUGGUCUCUGUUCACCUGGAGCACAACCUGAUUGAGCGCCGCCUCAUUCCACCCACAGCCUUCUCUUGCAUCAAGACCUACCACAGUGUCAUUCUGCGGCCUCAGAGGUAUGAGGAACUCCAGGAAUGA